AGCGGGCGAGAAAACAAACAAGUAUAGGCUAAUGGGUAAUCGUUGGAAAACACCAGUUCAUUUCACGAGGCCGGGUAAACGCUGAAAAGAUUUUCACCCAUGAUUUAAAAACGUUAAAUUCUUCGAAGGCUUUUCUUAUCUUCGUUUCUCUACGUGUUGCUGGGCAAUAUGUGGUCUGCCCUGUACGGAUUUGCUCUACUCGUGCUCGUGGGUGCCCGCGAUUCACCCAUGGUCACGACGAACUAUGGCACUGUCCGGGGUAAAUGGAUGACGAGUGCGAGAAACGUCAGCGUUGCUGCUUAUCUCGGUAUUCCUUAUGCGGAACCACCGAUUGGUGAACUCCGAUUUCAGAGCCCUCGAGCGUGGACGCAAAAUUGGACGAACAUCCGUGACGCUACCGAGGAUGGACCAAUGUGCGUUCAUCUGACUGCAGAUAAAAACAUUUUAGGAAGCGAGAACUGUCUACAUCUGAAUAUCUUCGUUCCUAUGACUGUGAUUGAGCCAAGGCUCCCUGUUCUCGUGUUUGUUCACGGUGGGGCUUUCAUCUCAGGCAGUAACAACAGCACUUAUUUUGCACCGGAUUACCUGAUGGAUCAGGAUAUCAUUUUGGUCACUGUCAAUUAUCGAUUGGGCAUUUUCGGAUUCUUGUCAAGCGCAACGGAAGUCGUUCCUGGUAAUUACGCAUUGAAAGAUAUUCGGGAAGCUUUGAAAUGGGUUCAGAAAAAUAUAGAGCCGUUCGGUGGUGACCCGAGCAUCGUGACUCUCGCUGGUCACAGUGCCGGAGCUGCAUCUACUCAUCUUAUUGCUCUGUCAAAGAGUUCAGAAGGAUUAUUCAACAAUUAUAUCACCCACAGCGGUUCGGCCUUUGCCCAGUUUUCUGUACACCCACCGUACUUUAUGAGGCUCAGGUACCUCAUGGUCGCACAGAGUCUCGGCUGCACGACUCAAACUGUCGUUCAAAAUUUUGCAAAUGACCUGGAAGAACUAUUCACGAACGACACGGAAAUGAGUGGCUACGACGCAGCUGUUGAGGAGGAUGAAAAAAUCUUACGGUGUUUCAGACAGUUUAGCCCUUCGAGGCUGGCCAAGGAGAUGUUGCUAUUCCUCGUCUGGAGAUUGAAUCCAUAUUGCGUGUUCGGCCCGACGGUAGAACUCGUCAGCGACGACCCGAUUGUAACCGACCAUCCCAUGCGGAUCAUAGAGCGUGGUGAAUUUCGUGACAUUCCUUGGAUGACGGGGCUGGUUGCGGACGAAGGAUUGUUGAAGACAUCAGAAUUAUUCCAAAACCAACAAAUUUUUGACGAAUUUAACAAAAACUUCGACGGUGUUAUUACGUCUUUUCUCGAGUACGGCGAUGUCGUUGCUAACACGACGGCUUUCGCGGAUGCACUGGCUGAAUUUUACUUUCCACCGAACAGCGACAGCCAUGAUGUCCUCGUUCGAAAUCGGAUGUUAACUGAGGCAAAAAAUAAUUUGACUAAAAUGACAGGUGAUGGGUUAUUCAUAUGGUCGAGUUAUCGAGCCCUCAAUUACCAAAGCGAGAAAAUGAACUCGAGUGCCUACUUUUUCCUUUUCGCUUACGAGGGCACGUUUUCUAAUGCUUACGGACACGGAAUUCCUCGUCGAUAUGGAGUGAUGCACUUGGACGACAUGAACUACUUGUUCCCGUGUCUGAACAGAGUGUACGCGAGUCUCCCAUUGCAUAACACAGCGAGUGAUUGGACGAUGAUCAACAUAAUGACUGAAAUGUGGUCGACGUUUGUCAAAAAUGGGAAACCGAGCGUCAGAUUAACGACGGAUUGGCGAGCCUAUCAGGAGAAUGGCGAAUACAUGAGAAUUGGUACCGGAAGAUCAACGGAAAUGAGGAUGGAGCAGGACUUCCUGCCGGAGAGAAUGGGAUUUUGGGAAUAUCUCAUGGCCAAUGUAAGCUACCCCUUCGACAAAUUGUUUCCCGUUGAUUCCGACGACGAUUACUCUAAUGAGUCUGAGGAGAAAGGAGGUUCUACCAGAGACGUCGCCACCUCCAGUUAUUUUUCGUACUUUUUAAACACUUUUCUACUUUUCAUUGUUUUGGUAGUUCUCCAGGACUGAAAUGGCGAGCAUUGCACUGGUAAAAUAUGAAAAAAUCCGUUGAAACUAGAAAGAAAGGAGAGAAAACACUCCGAGAAAAAGCGUCACGAAUAACACAGUAUUUGUCAAUAAUUUAAGUUAGUUCUAAAGCGCUCGUCAGAUUAAUCGGAAUGAACGAAGCGGCAUACGCGUUAAUAAAUCAGCAGGCUUAUGCAGAAUGUAACGAGCUCGAAAUUGAUUUUAUCACCGUCGUGCACAACUUGGAACUACUUAUAAAAUAUUCAAUGCGACGAACCUCGUCCAGACCGAGCGCUAUCGGAAGAAUUAUCAAGUCGAUAAUCACGUGACCUGGUCUUGGAAAUGCACUCUUUCGUAUCUCCUCGUUUCAUUCUAAUAUCGAUUGAUCCGUCUGUGAAGGGAAUUGCAUGGGAAUGAUGUACGCUGACGUUCAAUUAAAUCACCGUUAUUGUUGCGGUUUUUGGCCGUUUACAAAUUAAGUACUUAUUACGAUACGAACGUUGAUAGUUUUGUUGUAACGAAAGACUGUAGUGAUUGCAACACGCAACAGAAAUGUUUCAUGCGCUGAAAAUAAAAUACAUCGAUGGACAGUCAUAAA